CGUCAUGUGACGCGGGCCCUCGCCCCACCCGUUUGCAGCCACUCCCUGUCUUCGUCCCCAAGCUCGAGAGGGCCACGUGACCCUCCCGAGGGCCGGUCACGUGAGGCGUGAAUCUGGGUGGGAGAGGGGGGUGGCGAAGGGGUCCGGCGUGGCAGUAAAGGAGGAAGAUGGCGGGGUGCAGGGGGUCUCUGUGCUGCUGCUGCAGGUGGUGUUGCUGCUGCGGUGAGCGUGAGACCCGCACUCCCGAGGAGCUGACCAUCCUUGGAGAAACACAGGAGGAGGAGGAUGAGAUCCUUCCAAGAAAAGACUAUGAGAGCUUGGAUUAUGAUCGCUGUAUCAAUGACCCUUACCUGGAAGUUUUGGAGAGCAUGGAUAAUAAGAAAGGUCGAAGGUAUGAGGCAGUGAAGUGGAUGGUGGUGUUUGCCAUUGGAGUCUGCACUGGGCUGGUGGGUCUCUUUGUGGAUUUUUUUGUGCGACUCUUCACCCAGCUCAAGUUUGGAGUGGUACAAACAUCAGUGGAAGAAUGCAGCAAGAAAGGUUGCCUCGCCCUGUCCCUCCUUGAACUCUUGGGUUUUAACCUGACGUUUGUCUUCUUGGGGAGCCUUCUUGUCCUAAUUGAGCCGGUGGCAGCAGGUUCGGGGAUACCUGAGAUCAAAUGCUACCUGAAUGGCGUGAAGGUGCCAGGAAUUGUCCGUCUCCGGACCCUGCUCUGCAAAGUCUUUGGAGUGCUCUUUAGUGUGGCUGGAGGGCUCUUUGUGGGGAAGGAAGGCCCCAUGAUCCACAGUGGAGCGGUGGUGGGAGCUGGCCUCCCUCAGUUCCAGAGCAUCUCCUUACAGAAGAUCCAGUUUAACUUCCCCUAUUUCCGAAGCGACAGAGACAAGCGAGACUUUGUAUCAGCUGGGGCGGCUGCCGGGGUUGCUGCAGCUUUUGGGGCCCCAAUUGGGGGCACCUUGUUCAGUCUGGAGGAGGGCUCAUCCUUCUGGAACCAAGGGCUCACAUGGAAAGUGCUCUUUUGUUCCAUGUCUGCCACCUUCACCCUCAACUUCUUUCGUUCUGGAAUUCAGUUUGGAAGUUGGGGUUCCUUCCAGCUCCCUGGAUUGCUGAACUUUGGCGAGUUUAAGUGCUCUGACUCUGAUAAAAAAUGUCAUCUCUGGACAGCUGUGGACUUGGGUUUCUUCGUCAUCAUGGGGGUCAUUGGGGGCCUCCUGGGAGCCACAUUCAACUGUCUGAACAAGAGGCUUGCAAAGUACCGUAUGCGAAACGUGCAUCCGAAACCUAAGUUUGUCAGAGUCUUAGAGAGCCUCUUGGUGUCUCUGGUAACCACCGUGGUGGUGUUUAUGGCCUCGAUGGUGCUAGGAGAAUGCCGACAGAUGUCUUCUUCGAGUCAAAUCGGUAAUGACUCAUUACAGCUCCAGGUCACAUCAGAAGACGUGAAUUCAAGUAUCAAGACCUUUUUUUGUCCCAAUGAGACCUACAAUGACAUGGCCACCCUCUUCUUCAAUCCUCAGGAGUCAGCUAUCCUUCAGCUCUUCCACCAAGAUGGUACUUUCAGCCCCAUCACUUUGGCCUUGUUCUUCGUCCUCUAUUUCUUGCUUGCCUGUUGGACUUAUGGCAUUUCUGUUCCAAGUGGCCUUUUUGUGCCUUCUCUGCUGUGUGGAGCUGCUUUUGGACGUUUAGUUGCCAAUGUUCUGAAAAGCUACAUUGGAUUGGGCCACAUCUAUUCAGGAACCUUUGCCCUGAUUGGUGCUGCAGCUUUCCUGGGUGGGGUUGUCCGCAUGACCAUCAGCCUCACAGUCAUCCUGAUUGAGUCCACCAACGAGAUUACAUAUGGGCUCCCCAUUAUGGUCACACUGAUGGUAGCCAAAUGGACGGGGGACUUUUUCAAUAAGGGCAUUUACGAUAUCCAUGUGGGCCUGCGAGGAGUGCCACUUCUGGAAUGGGAGACAGAGGUGGAAAUGGACAAACUGAGAGCCAGUGACAUCAUGGAGCCCAACCUGACCUACGUCUACCCACACACCCGCAUCCAGUCGCUGGUCAGCAUCCUGCGCACCACGGUCCACCACGCCUUCCCAGUGGUCACGGAGAACCGGGGCAAUGAGAAGGAGUUCAUGAAGGGCAACCAGCUCAUCAGUAACAACAUCAAAUUCAAGAAAUCUAGCAUCCUCACACGAGCCGGCGAGCAGCGCAAGCGGAGCCAGUCCAUGAAGUCCUACCCCUCGAGCGAGCUGCGCAAUGUGUGUGACGAGCACAUCGCCUCUGAAGAGCAGGCCGAGAAGGAGGACCUGCUGCAGCAGAUGCUGGAAAGGAGAUACACCCCCUACCCCAACCUGUACCCUGACCAGUCCCCGAGUGAAGACUGGACCAUGGAGGAGCGCUUCCGCCCUCUGACCUUCCACGGCCUGAUCCUUCGGUCGCAACUGGUCACCCUGCUUGUCCGAGGAGUUUGUUAUUCUGAAAAUCAGUCAAGUGCCAGCCAGCCACGCCUUUCUUAUGCGGAGAUGGCCGAGGAUUACCCACGGUACCCUGACAUCCAUGACCUGGACCUGACGCUGCUGAACCCACGGAUGAUCGUGGACGUCACCCCAUACAUGAACCCCUCACCCUUUACUGUUUCACCGAAUACCCACGUCUCCCAAGUCUUCAAUCUGUUCAGAACGAUGGGCCUGCGGCACUUGCCAGUGGUGAACGCUGUGGGAGAGAUCGUUGGGAUCAUCACACGGCACAACCUAACCUACGAGUUUCUGCAGGCCCGGCUGCGGCAGCACUACCAGAGCAUCUGACAGCCUGCUCGGCUUCACGCUGCCUGUGCCGCUGCCCUCUCCGGAGCUGCCCAGGGAGACGGCUCACUCACAUUCCAGCCUGCCCAGCUGGCUGGGGCUGUUCCAGGACACGGAAGGCUCCUAGUCACCACUCGCUUGCUCUGAAAGCCUGGAACCAUCAAACACUUGGCUGGUUGGAGAUCCUGGGGAGGGUAUUGAACCAUCAGAGUUUGGACUUUCUGAUUUUCUCAGCGCAUAUCUUCCCAUUUCCUGCUCCCCAUGUUCGUACCAUGCAAGUGUUGGCACAGGCCCGCUCCAGGAAGCCAGACCAGAGGUGGAAGUCAGGCCUCAGCCACUGGGGGGCAACAGAGCCAUUCUUCCGCCACUCUGCACUGCUUUCCUGUGGAACCCAGCUGUUGCCUUAAACCACGGGAGGGAGUUUGGCCAAGGCAAACACUGGGGGGAUGCCAGUUGCAAAAUUCAGUUAAUACCAAAUUUGGGAAUUGGGCCCUGAGAGAAAGAUCCAGGCUUCAAGGACGCCUUCCUUUGUUGGGACUCUUGAUACCAUCUGUAGUUCAUUUUGAGGGAAAUGUUCUGCUUCUGGUGUGUGAGCAGGUACUCUAGGCUUGCCCUGUGGUUUGAAUCUCCUUACACCCAACACCUUGCAGAAGCACAAAGCAUUACAACCCCAGGAAUAGUCUCUGAACGGAAAAUCUUCAAAUAGUGGCAGAAGUACAUCCCCCCGUGUUUCUAACACUUCAGCGUUCUCGGCGUUUUUCAAAUUCCUGGAGGUCUCCUAGGAACGCAUUUCUACUCUGAUCUGACCCUCGUCCUUUUCAUCCUCCACAGACUUCUAAACCUUGCUUAGCUUUUUAUUAUGCCUUCCUGGUGAAGCAGGCACAGCCAGGAUCUUGGCAUUACCCUUCAAAGUUAACUGAAAGCAGGGUGCCCCUCAGUGAAACUGCUAACUUCACUUAGGGGAAUGGUACAGUUUUUUAUAAGCUGGAAGGGAGUAGAGUCCUGAGCUAGUGACCACUAAAAGGUGUGUGAAGCAGCUGGGAAAGCCAGAGUGUUACGUUAAAGCAGAUGGUUUAUUCGAGGAAGAGGGUAUCUACCUUUCAUAAACUUCUCUCACUCCCUGGCUGCUAGCUGUCCACAACCUGCUGGGGGCUCAGAAAUGGAAACUCCCAGAGGGCCUGCAGCACUGUGGGGGAGAUGCUCCCUGCCAGCAUAAAACACAGGAACCCCCUCGUUUCUUUCAGUGACUUAGUUUCUCUCCAGGCUGGUUAAAAUUUGCCCGCAUUCCUGAAUUGGCACCAAAACCGAGCCUUUGGGUCUCAGGUGGGCGUUCAUUUUCCUCCUACUCCUGCUCACUUCUCUACACAUUUGUCAGAGUCUUCAUCCUGACAGGCAGUCCUGAGCAGGUGUGCUUUGGGACCCAGGAUGGCAGCCUGUUGUCUCACCCUCAGCCCUGCCCCAAACUCCCUUUGCCAGCCUACCUCUCAGGCUGCGAGUAGGGCAGACCUGGCUUGGCCAGUUCAGCUCUUGAGCUCAGCACUCUCGGGAAGAAUCCCACGUAAGUGAGUUGCUGCUUCUAGAUCUUUUCCAACUGACCGUGGCCCCCUCCAUUCAGGCCCAUUUUCUCAUCUCUUUGACCAAAAUCAAGAGUUCAGGAAAUCACAAGAUCAAAAAGGUAAACCAUCCACAUACGACUGUGCUCCACUAGUUUCUGCUCUAUUUUACAGAGGCGUCCAGAGCUUGGCCAUGUCCUUUCUUCCUUUAUUAAGAAGAUACCCAGUUAUCGAGUUGGGAGAGUGGCAUGGCAGUCUGUCACGAACACCGAGUCCCCCUUGUCCACGACUCUCUGAAGCGGGCAGAAUUGAAGUCCUGCAAGAGGACCUCUGGCCUCCAAAGCAGGGUGGGUCCCCUGCCACUGGCCUUGAGGCCGCCCUGAGGUGAUUGUUGCUGAAAUUUGUCUCUUGUGCACAUUGCAUUGUAUUUGAGUCGCCAGAUAUUUUGUUCCCAGAGAUAGUAGAAUGCAAAUACCUCCCUGCCCUCCUGAACCAGCUGGAUGACCCAGGGCCCAGGGUCCUCUGCAGAGGCACACUGUUUCCUUACCUCUGGUCUGCAUCUGCCCUUUCCAGAAAAGCCCAAAGAUAGCAGUUUCUCCACUUGUAACAGAAUAGCUGUAAGCCUUGUCCUUUGAGUUCUGUGUUAGAAACCAGACCAACAUUUCCAAAAUCUUCCCGAUUCCCCAGCCCCAGAGAGCUCGGCUUCUAUCACCUCCCAGUGACAAGGCACCUCAAUAAAACACACACCAAUGGGGGCAGGGCCUGGGCCUGAUUGGAGGUUCUUUCUGUGUCUCCGGCUUGCUGUGCUGUGGUUGAGGCGACUGGGGAGGGGGCACAAAAGUCUGGUCCUGCCCUUCCCUCUCUGGGAAUGAUUUGAUCCUGAUCUUGUUUAACUAACAGUUCCAAGCUGGAACAGACAGUUGCUUGCUUGGCCCAGCCGAGCAUAUCACAUUUCUGAGGCAAAAUUGCACACCGACCUGGUCCUCAUGGAUGGAGGAGAGCGCCUCCUUGAGGGCCUGUGCAGUACUGACGCGCAGUGUUGCCCCAGCUCCUGUGGGCUUUGGCCAUUUCACAGCAGCAGCUUCCUCUUUUCUGUUUGCACUGUUUGUUAAUACAGUAAUGUUGGCUAAUUCCACUGUGUAUAUAAAUUGUAUUUUUUUUAACUUGUAAAAAUCUAUUUUUAUUUGAACUUUUGGAACUUGGAAGUUCUCAUUGUAACUGUAACAUGUCAGAAUAAAAUGCCUUCAUCUGUCUCCUUUAGCCUUUUGUCU